UGACGCGCGCGAAGCGAUGAGACGGAGCGGAGAAGCAAAGCGCCACCGGCGCGGCCGCUGCCGUGGAUACUCCUCGUUACUUUCUAAAUUCCCCCGGUUGACGAUAUAUAUCCCCCGAUGACUUUGCGUUUUGCAAUCGUACUCAUCGCGGCGGGAAUCACAUCCGACGUACGGUAGAUUUUUCAUCGUUCGCCUGGAUGUUAUAUCAUAAACCACGGGAUCACCGCGGGAGAUGGCGGUCAGUGCCGUGAGGUACCUCGCUCUUUUCGUGCUCUACGUUUUGGAGUACCAUCAUGCAACGGCGCAAAAUAAGACCCUUAAGGACCUUUUCGACAGUACGUCAUGCGCUAAGCCUCCUUACACUUGUCCGCAUCCGCAAAUAGAAUUUUACCUGUAUACCAGAGAAACACAGAAAAACCCCCUGCUGUUAGACGUCCGAGAUUUCAAUUCCUUGCGCCAUUCUAAAUUCAACAAGAAUCAUCCAACGAAGAUCAUUAUUCAUGGCUUCGGCGGUGGACGAAACUUAGUUCCUAGCACGCAUUUGCGAGACGCAUAUUUCGCGCGAGGCGAUUACAAUAUUAUAAUCGUGGAUUAUGGUUCGUUGGUACGCGAGCCCUGUCUCUCGCAGCUCUCAUGGGGCCCGGAUUUCUGUUCGCAAUGUGUCGCGCAGCUAGUAAACUAUCUGAGAGACCAUCCUCGGGGCACGACAGCCGAGAACAUACAUGUACUUGGGUACAGCGUGGGUGCGCAUAUCGCUGGACUCAUCGCAAAUUACUUGCCGAAUGACAAACUCGGGAGAAUUACGGGCCUCGAUCCAACGAUAUUUUUCUACAUGAAUGGCAACCGUUCGAUGGAUUUAGACGAAACGGAUGCCCAUUUUGUGGAUAUUAUCCAUACAGCCGCCGGAAUUUUAGGGCAAUGGGGACCCACCGGCCACGCGGAUUUCUACGUAAAUGGUGGUUCGAGUCAGCCCGGGUGCGCCACUUCUUCUAUACUUCAAACGCUUUCGUGCGAUCACACAAAGGUAACACCAUACUACAUAGAAUCGAUCACAACGAAAAACGGAUUCUGGGCGGCGCCAUGCGCAAAUCUGUUCUCUUACCUGAUCGGAUGGUGCAAUCCCAAGAGAGAAGCGUACAUCCUGAUGGGAGAAGAUACCCCACAUACAGCACGCGGCAUCUUCUAUCUGUCAACAAACGCACACAAACCGUACGCCCGAGGACUGCCCGGAAAAAGCCAGCAUCAGACAAGUCGGAAGCGAUCGUCCUCCCGCCAGUAUUAAGCCUGUUGAAGCAGCUGAUCAAUAUAAUUAUAGAGUAGUUUAACGUAUUACAUGAAUACGCAAAUUAGUCAUUUGUUUAAGCUGUACACAUUACAUUGGUAAGUUUUGUUUUGUAUGUUACUUUGUAUAUUUAAUCGCUAGAGUUUGCCCAAUUCCAAUUUUUACUCAAUAAAGAAGGUUUCGUUAUAGAGAUUGUUUGUGCAAUAAUUAUUGCAACAGAUUAAACGUGUUCCGUAUUGUAAUUUGCAUUUAUCGAUAUAGCCAAUUAAUAAUUCCAUAUAUUCAACACGUAACACUUUCACUUUCGAUCUUCCUCCUGUUUGCCAUGGGAUUUUAUAUGUAUUAUUAUUUAUUUGCAUUUGCAUGCUUACGAAAAGAUGUAUUUUCGAUGUAUUCAAGAUUGAUACUUACCAGUUAUUUCGCUUGUACCGAUUGCAUAUCCUAAUUUAAAAAAGUCACGUCGUGACUUUGGAAAGGAGACAUUGUAAAACAGGAUUAAAUUACGUCAAUAAAGUUGCGUCAGUCGGGAUAACUUUAUGCAACAGCGAAUAGAACGGAGUUUAUUUCGAAAGUGAGACAGGUUUGCUUUUUAGGAACCUAUUUCAUCAAGAUUCAUGAUGUCAUUUCAUUAUUUCGUAAUAUGAAAUUCAUUUACUCUUUGUGAAAUUUUGUUCUUCUUAGCACUGUACCUGAUUCCAAUAUCUUUCUUCGUAAAGCUAUUUCGUGACGUACAGUUAUCCCCACUGAUAGAAUCUGAUCCUGUUUCAUGAUAAGUACAUGAUACGUAAUUAUUAAUAUAUGUAUGUAAUUAAUUGUUCGUAAUCUGUAAUGUUCAAGUUUGUUCCUUCAUUAAUUAAGAUUAAUUCGAACUUGUAACGCGAGAUAUUUCCUUGUACAAAAAUUUUUAUGAUAUAUAAACAUCACAAGU